AUGUUAAUGUCCGAUGUACCUUCAUUUGAUUUUCCUUGUGAAGAUUUGCCACAAAGGUUACCGUUAAACGAAAAUGCACAUUCGUCAUUAUUCUCGCAAUCUACAGUUGUAAGACCAGACGAAGUACCAUCUGGAAAUGGAGCUACAUCUCUUUGGAGUACAGAUGGGAGGAUGAAUAUCAUAGAGUUCACCAAAACCCAAGAAUUGUUAGUGCCAGCUCCAUCUGAUCCAUUUGUGGCAUUCCGCUUACUAUUAGAUGAUAAUAUUCUAGAUUUGAUAGUGCAUGAAACUAAUGUCAAUGCCAAUCGUGUACUACAGGCUCCAGGUUUCAAAAAAUACUCUAGAAUAACAGCCUGGAAAGAGUUAACAAGAGCUGAGCUAUUAACAUUUCCUGGAUUAGUCUUGCACACAGGCACUAUUCGACUGAAUAGAUUAAGUGAUUAUUGGAAAAAGCAUCUCUUUUUAAUAUUCCUUGCUUUGCGCAAUUUAUGUCACGCAAUCGCUUCAUGUUGA